AUGGGUGCAUUCACUGGACCACAAUUCCAAGCAUGGGGCCAGGAGGCAAGGACCAACAUUACCGUGGUGGAUAGAGUUCCGCCGGAUAUGCUGCACCUGGUUGACGCUCACUGGUAUCAGUUCCCGCCGAUGAAUCCACUGUGGCAUUCCAUGCUCGGAGUAGCCAUCGCCGUGCUUUGCGUAGUAUCAAUGGCCGGAAAUGGUUGUGUGAUGUAUAUCUUCACUAAAACCAAAUCACUGCGUACUCCAUCCAAUAUGCUGGUGGUGAACCUCGCUUUCUCUGACUUCCUGAUGAUGUUCACUAUGGGACCACCGAUGGUCUGGAAUUGCUACUAUGAAACCUGGGUCCUUGGACCACUGGCGUGUGAGCUGUACGGUAUGGCUGGAUCUCUUUUCGGUUGUGCAUCCAUCUGGACUAUGACGAUGAUUGCAUUCGACCGCUAUAGGGUCAUCGUGAAAGGUCUGUCGGCUAAGCCGAUGACCAGCAAUCGCGCUGCGCUGCAGAUACUCGGAGUGUGGGCUGUGUGCCUUUCUUGGACGUUAGCCCCGCUGUUCGGGUGGAACCGAUACGUUCCGGAGGGUAACAUGAGUGUCUGUGGAACCGAUUACCUCACCGACACUCUGCUGAGCCGCUCCUACAUCAUGGUGUAUGCUUCUUUUGUUUAUUUUUUGCCUCUGUUUUCCAUCAUCUAUUCCUACAUCUUCAUUAUUAAGGCGGUAUCGGCUCACGAAAAAAACAUGCGUGAACAGGCGAAGAAAAUGAACGUAACCUCGCUUCGGUCGCAGGAGGCUCAAAGUACCAGCGCGGAGAUCAAACUGGCGAAGAUUGCCCUGGUUACCAUCUCGCUUUGGUUCAUGGCAUGGACCCCGUACUUGGUAAUCAACUUUACAGGAAUAUUCCAUGCCGCUCCAAUCAGCCCACUGGCAACCGUUUGGGGAUCACUUUUUGCGAAAGCUAAUGCUGUCUACAACCCAAUCGUUUACGGCAUCAGCCAUCCGAAGUACCGUGCUGCUCUGUAUCAAAAGUUCCCAUCGCUAUCCUGUAACGAUCCUGUUGAUGACGACCAAUCCAAGGGCACAGCCGCCACGUCUGUUAGUGCCGAAGAAAAACCAUCGGCAUAA